AAAUAAACACACUUGUGUCAGAACAUAAAGACAAAACACAAUCUAGCUCUUUGCUUAGUGAAAGAGACAAUGCAAUGUUAAUUUUCUCGUCAAGACCAUGCAGGAGUGCUGCAUUCAAGUAUAUAAAGAGACAAAGUGGAGAUAGUGGUUGCAGUUCAAAGGUCCAAACGAACCUAUGGCUUGUGCUACUCACCUGCCUGCCAUCUUCGUACUGAUACAACUCUAUUUGUUAGCCGCAUCUGCUUCUCGUGCCCCUGGUAAUGCCACAGCUUCAUCUUUGUGCCAUCCAGACCAGGCUGCAGCACUUCUCCAACUAAAGGAGUCCUUCAUCUUCGACUACUCGACCACCACGCUGUCGUCGUGGCAACCUGGUACCGACUGCUGCCACUGGGAGGGCGUCGGCUGUGAUGACGGCAUAUCUGGCGGUGGCCAUGUCACUGUUCUCGACCUCGGUGGCUGUGGCCUCUACAGCUACGGCUGCCAUGCCGCGCUCUUCAACCUCGCCUCCUUAUGCUACCUCGACCUAAGCAUGAAUGAUUUUGGCAGAUCUCGCAUUCCGGCAGUUGGCUUUGGGAGGCUGACAAACCUCACUCAUCUCAACCUCUCUCAAUCCAGCUUCUAUGGUCAGGUACCUAGCACCAUCGGCAAUCUAACGAGCCUCAUAUCGUUGGAUCUUUCUUCACUGAAUGACAUUGAUCCCUUUGAAACCAAUAAUAUGAAUGAUAUCUUGUAUGGCGGCAACGAUCUGGAGCUACGAGAGCCCAGCUUUGAAACCUUAUUUGCAAACCUUACCAAUCUGAGGGAACUCUACCUUGAUGGAGUGGACAUAUCUAGUAGCAGAGAAGAGUGGUGCAGUGGUCUAGGUAAAUCUGUCCCACGUCUUCAGGUUCUUAGCAUGGGCGGCUGCAACCUCUGGGGUCCAAUCCACUCCUCCCUGUCAAGUCUCCGAUCCCUUACUGUGAUCAAUCUUAACAGUAAUUCCAAUAUUUCUGGUGUGAUUCCGGAAUUUUUAUCAGAGUUUCAUAACCUUAGUGUUCUUCAACUCAAGUAUAACCAUUUCAGUGGUUCGUUUCCACUGAAAAUCUUCCUCCUCAAGAAUAUAAGAGUGAUUGAUGUGUCACACAAUGACCAACUCUCAGGACAUUUACCAGAAUUUAAAAAUGGGACUUCUUUGGAGACUUUGAAUCUGUAUUAUACUAAUUUCUCAAGUAUCAAGCUGGGCUCUUUUCGCAACCUCAUGAAACUCAGGAGGCUAGGUAUUGAUGUUGAUGGAAGGUCAAUUUCCACCAUGGAGCCUACUGAUUUAUUGUUCAACAAGCUCAACUCCUUGCAAAGCUUGCUGCUUUCUUUUGUGAAAUUUUCAGGGGAGUUUGGACCAUUUUUCUCAUGGAUUAGUAACCUUCAGAACUUGACAAGCUUGCAACUCACUGAUUACUAUUCCUCCAAGAUAAUGCCCCCCUUGAUUGGAAACCUCACCAACUUGACAAGUUUGGAAAUCACUAGGUGUGGCUUCUCUGGAGAAAUACCACCAUCAAUAGGCAACCUCAGCAAAUUGAUUUCCUUGAGAAUCUCCAGCUGUCACUUCUCUGGGAGAAUACCAUCUUCAAUUGGUAAUCUCAAGAAACUGAGAAGCCUGGAUAUCACUUCUAAUCGCUUAUUAGGUGGUCCUAUAACAAGAGAUAUUGGACAGCUCAGCAAAUUGAUGGUGUUAAAAUUAGGGGGCUGCGGAUUUUCUGGCACAAUACCAAGUACAAUUGUCAACUUGACUCAACUGAUUUAUGUGGGUCUUGGACAUAAUGACCUUACAGGAGAGAUCCCCACAUCUUUAUUCACUUCUCCAAUAAUGUUACUGUUGGACCUUUCAUCAAACCAACUUUCUGGACCGAUACAAGAGUUCGAUACACUAAAUUCACACAUGUCAGCUGUUUAUUUGCAUGAAAAUCAGAUUACUGGACAGAUUCCUUCAUCAUUCUUUCAACUUACAAGUUUGGUGGCCAUGGAUCUUAGCUCAAACAAUUUAACAGGAUUAAUACAAUUGAGUUCACCUUGGAAGUUAAGAAAGCUUGGUUACUUGGCUCUCUCAAACAACAGGUUGUCCAUCUUGGACGAAGAAGACAGUAAACCCACAGAGCCCUUACUCCCUAAUCUCUUCAGAUUAGAACUUGCCUCUUGCAACAUGACAAGAAUUCCUAGAUUCUUGAUGCAAGUUAAUCAUAUCCGAACAUUGGACCUUUCGAGAAACAAAAUACAAGGGGCGAUACCCCAAUGGAUAUGGGAGACAUGGGAUGAUAGCAUUAUAAUUUUGGAUCUUUCGAACAACAUAUUCACAAACAUGCCACUCAGUUCAAAUAUGCUCCCUAGUCGUUUGGAAUAUCUUGAUAUCAGUUUCAAUGAACUUGAAGGCCAGAUCCCGACGCCGAACCUGUUGACAGCAUUUAGCAGUUUCUUUCAAGUCUUGGAUUAUUCUAACAACAAAUUCUCUUCUUUUAUGUCAAACUUCACUGCUUAUCUUAGUCAAACUGCUUAUCUCACAUUGUCCAGAAAUAACAUAAGCGGGCACAUACCAAAUUCAAUUUGCGAUUCACGCAAGCUUGUAGUCCUUGACCUGUCAUUUAACAAGUUCAGUGGGAUAAUACCAUCAUGUCUGAUAGAAGAUAGCCACUUGCAUGUAUUAAAUUUGAGGGAGAAUCACUUUGAGGGAACAUUGCCUUAUAAUGUUGCUGAGCACUGUAAUCUUCAGACAAUAGAUUUGCAUGGCAACAAGAUUCAAGGGCAGCUGCCUAGAUCUUUCUCCAACUGUGCUAACUUGGAGAUUCUUGACAUUGGAAACAAUCAGAUUGUGGAUACUUUCCCAUCUUGGCUGGGUAGGCUUUCCCAUCUCUGUGUACUCGUUUUGGGAUCCAACCUGUUCUAUGGCCCACUUGCUUAUCCGUCCAGAGAUAGCAAAUUUGGGGAUUACUUCUCAAGGUUACAAAUUAUUGAUAUAUCCUCAAACAACUUCUCUGGCAAUUUGGACCCACGAUGGUUUGAGAGGUUGACAUUUAUGAUGGCAAACUCCAAUGACACAGGAAAUAUCUUAGGUCAUCCUAACUUCGAUAGAACUCCAUACUACUAUGAUAUUAUUGCAAUCACAUAUAAAGGCCAAGACGUGACAUUUGAAAAAGUCCGGACUGCCUUGACCGUUAUUGACUUCUCAAAUAAUUCAUUUCAUGGUGACAUUCCUGAAUCAACUGGAAGGCUAGUUUCACUACAUGUACUGAACAUGUCACAUAAUGCAUUUACAGGGAGGAUUCCAACAAAAAUGGGUGAGAUGCGUCAGUUGGAAUCACUAGACCUGUCUUGGAACGAGCUUUCUGGGGAGAUUCCACAAGAGCUAACAAAUUUAACAUUUCUUAGCACCCUGAAAUUUUGUGAAAACAAGCUGUAUGGAAGGAUACCACAAUCAGGUCAGUUUGCGACUUUUGAGAACACUUCAUAUGAAAGGAAUACGGGGCUCUGUGGACCACCUUUGUCCAAACCAUGUGGCGAUUCAAGUAAUCCAAAUGAGGCACAAGUAAGCAUAUCCGAAGAUCAUGCUGAUAUUGUUCUGUUUCUCUUUAUUGGGGUGGGCUUUGGCGUUGGAUUCACAGCAGGUAUUCUGAUGAAAUGGGGUAAAAUUGGCAAAUGGUUUCGGAUUGUGCGAACUUGACCUGAAGACACAAGGAUUGCGGCCAGUACAGUUAUCCUAUUAUCAGAGAGAACUAUAAGUUGUAAUAUGCCAAUCUAUAUGUUCAUAUUUCUAUCUUAUCAUCUGUGUCUUCUCAUGUUUACGUAAUGUAGUUAGCA